UGUACUGAGCGGUGCAUGUGGCCCCACCACACCACAGGCCCACCCACGGCGCGGCCCACGCUCAACCUGACGGCCGUCGCCGACACGGACGUGUUCCUGCGCUGCCCGGUGGCGGGCUUCCCCGUGACGAGCGUCACUUGGCAGCGCGCCGGCAGCCGCCUCCCGGACACGCUGCGCCAGCGGCUCUUCCCCAACGGCACGCUGCUGCUGCGCGGCGUGCAGGGCGCCCAGGACCGCGGGCUGUACGCGUGCACCGUGACCAACCAGCAGGGCCAGCUGGCGGCCAGCGCGCUCCACCUCAACGUCAUGAAGCCGCCCGUGAUCGUGCCCUUCUCGUUCCACUCGGGCCUGGAGGACGGCAACCGGCUGCAGGUGUCGUGCAGCAUCAUGUCGGGCGACCUGCCCAUCGCCAUCGAGUGGCGCAAGGACGGGCGGCCGCUGCCCGCCGACCCGAGCGUCUCCGAGCAGCAGCACCAGUUCGCCUCCAACCUGCUGUUCAGCGACCUGGGCGCGCGCCACUCGGGCAGCUACACCUGCGUGGCCAGCAACGCGGCCGCCUCCGCCAACUUCACCGCGCCGCUCGUGGUCCGAGUGCGGCCUCGCUGGCUGGUGGAACCCCAGGACGUGGAGGUCCUGCACCAGGAGUCGGCCGCCGUGCACUGCCGGGCGUCGGGCUUCCCGGAGCCGACCGUCACCUGGCUGAAGGCCCCCGAGCAGGUGGGGCCCGGGUCCGGCUCGGGGCCCCCGGCGGCCGCGCUCGCCCCGGUCCCGGACGAGGGCAGCGCGGCAGAGUACGCGCCGCUCGGCGACCCGCUGCUCGCCGUGGCGGAGAACGGCAGCGUCCUGGUGGCGGCCGCGCAGCCCUCGCACGCCGGCCGCUACAUGUGCCAGGCCAGGAACGGCAUCGGCCCUGGCAUCAGCAAGGUGGUGCACCUCCGCGUCAAAGUACCAGCGCACUUCCACACCCGGGCCGUGAACGUGAGCGGGGCGGCGGGGCAGUCCGUCGUACUGGAGUGCGCGGCGUCGGGCGACCAGCCACUCAGCAUUGUGUGGACGACGCCGGACGGCGAGGAGCCGUCGCCGAACCGCGUCCUGGAGACGCCCACCUUGUCGCCGAGCUCUCGGCGCCCCGGGCUCAGCUCGCAGCUGCACCUGACGGCCGAGCGUCGGCUCGCGGGCGCCUACCGCUGCACUGCCACCAACAAGCACGGCUCCGACACCACCACCGUGUUCCUCGCCGUGCAAGAGGCGCCCAGCGCCCCGGUUGGCGUGGAGGUGCUCGAGGCCGGCAGCCGCUGGCUGACCCUGGGCUGGGUGCCGGACCGCGCGGGCGCGACGCACCACGUGAUCCAGUUCCGCCGAGAGCUGCCACCGACGCCGAGGGUGCUCUCGCCCUCCGCUGGCGGCCCCGAGAUCGGCGACGCCAGCCCCCCCGGGGCCGCGGGCCAGCAGUGGUACAACGUGACGGUGUCCGGAGCCGGGGCGGGGGCGGGCAGGCCGGCCAAGUUGACGGGCCUGGAGCCGGCCACUGUGUACGCCGUGCGCCUCCUUGCCGCCAACGAGGUGGGCGUCGGCCCGCCCAGCGACACCGUCACGGCGCAGACGCUGCAGGAGGCCCCCAACAUGCCACCCGCGGACGUGUCAGUGGAGCCCUUGUCGCCGGGGUCGCUCACCGUGCGCUGGAAGUCCGUGUACAGCUCGCCCAGCUCGUCCGCGCUGCUGGGCUACCAGGUGCGCUACCGGGCCGUGUCGCUGGCCGGCCAGCCGUCCCUCAGCGCGCUGCUGCUCCCCGCCUCCUCGCUGCCCGCCGACCUCGACGCGGCCGCGCUGGACGCCCCCGCGGCGCCCUGGGUGUCCCGGACGGUGCGGGGCGGCGGCGGCGCGCCCAGGCAGGAGCUGGUGCUCGAGGGCCUGGAGAGCUUCACGCGCUACGAGGUGACGGUCAGGGCCUUCAACGAGGUGGGCAGCGGCCCCGCGUCCCUGCCCGUCAUCGCCACCACGAUGGAGGGUGUGCCGACCGAGCCGCCCGGCUCCGUGCGCUGCACGCCCCUCACCUCUCAGAACGUGCGCGUGCGCUGGGAGCCGCCGCCCAAGGCGGGCCGCCGGGGCGUCCUGGACGGCUACAAGGUGUUCUUUCGGCGGAAGCCUCCCACCGGGCUGUCUGUUGCCUGGAUGACUCCGCGCCCCGAGAUGGAGGUCAAGAAGACCAUGAACCUGGAGACGAAUCUGUUUGGGCUGGCCAAGUUCAGCAACUACACGGUGCAGGUGGCGGCCCUGACCGGCGCCGGGGAGGGCGUCCGGUCCGAGCCGGUGCACUGCUCUACUGAGGAAGACGUGCCCGGGCCCCCGGAGCAGGUGAAGGCCCUGGCCAUGUCCUCGGACAGCAUCCUGGUGACGUGGACCCGCCCCCUCGAGUCUAACGGCAACAUCGUCAGGUACCUGGUCUACAUGAAGCCCUACCAGCCGGACGGCCAUUCCAGCAAGGACGCUCGCCGGGAGGUGUCUUACGCCAGUGGGGACCGCGGCGCGGAGCUGGCCUACGAGGUGCGUCGGCUCCAGGAGUCUGAGCGGCUGGAGUUCUGGGUGGCGGCGUACACGAGCGUCGGGGAGGGCCCGCCCAGCGCCCGCGUCAGCCAGGCGCCCGUGUCCAGAGUGCCCGCCCGGAUCGCGUCAUUUUCGCGCACCGCGGCGGCCGGCGAGGGCCAGAUGUUGACGCUGGCGUGCCGCGCCGUCGGCGUCCCGGCGCCGGCCAGAACGUGGCGCGGGCCCCGCGGGCUGGCGCGCACCGUGGCGGCCAACGGCGGCCAGGGCGACGGCCAGGCCGAGGACAACAACAACCGGGCGGUGCUGCUCGGGGACGGGUCGCUUCGGCUCGGCCCGCUGUCGCACCAGGACGCCGGCAACUACUCGUGCCGCGCCGUCAACGUGUUCGGCAACGACGAGGUGCAGUACCGCGUGGUAGUGGUGGGCCCGCCCGCCGCGCCCGCCCUGACGCUGGCCGCCACCUCGGACCGCACCCUCACGCUCACGUGGGCCGCCAGCGACCCCGGCGGUGCGCCCGUCACGGGCUAUGUCCUCCACUUCAAGCGCGAGCUUGGCGAGUGGCAGGAGCGCGAGCUGGACGGCGAGCUCUCGUCCUACACGCUGACGGGGCUGCGCUGCGGGUCGCUGUACCUCCUCACCCUCACGGCCGUCAACAGCGUGGGCCGCGGGGCGAGGAGCGCGGUGCUGCAGGCCGCCACCCGGGGCGCGCCCCCGAAGGCGCCGGCCGCCGAGGAGGUGCUGUCGGUCAACUCGUCGACGGCCACCCUGUUCCUGGACGCGUGGCCCGUGGCGGGCUGCCCCGUGCUGUACUUCGUGGUGGACGUGCGGCCCUACGAGCACGCCGGCGAGUGGACGGUGGUGGACCACCACGCCCUGGCCCAGCAGACGCUGGCCGUGGCCGGACUUGCCCCCGCCUCCUGGUACGAGCUCCGCGUCGACGCCCACUCCGAGGCGGGCUCCACGCGCGGCCAAUUUGUGUUCGCCACCAGGACCAAGACGGGCGACGCGGUGCCCCUGGAGCUGAUGCCGGCCCUCCCCGACAGCCCCGGGUCGCUGGCGCUGCCCACCCCUGUCACGCUGCUCGUCGCCGUGGUCUCCGGUCUCGUCUGCACGGCUGCCGCCGCCACUUGCGCCAUCAUCGCCUUCCGAAAGAGGCAAUAUGCGGGUUAUAGGAGGGGGGACGCCAAGACCUUGGACGAACUGCAGAACCAGCGCAACCUCGAGCACCACCACCAUCACGUCCACCACGGGCACCAGGGGCUGCACCACCAGCAGGACCUGUACUCGCCCUCCCCGGUGCGGAAGGGCGGCGUCACCUCGUCGCUCACGGGCCAGAAGGGCAGCGACACUUCCGACUACGAGAUCUGCCCGUACGCCACGUUCAGCCUGUCUAACGCGACGCCCGGGGCGGGGCCGGUGGCGGGGGCGGGCACGCUGACGCCCAGCAAGUCGCUGGCCAGCUACUCGCUGCAGCUGCACACCUUCAGCCAGCGCGACUGCUACGCUGAGGGGCCGCCGCCGUCGGCGCGCCGCAACGCGCACUCACGGUCCAGGAGCAAGUCGUCGCUGGGGGCGGUCUCGGGGGCGGCCGUCGCGGCCCGGGCGGUGGACGGCGGCGAUGGCGCCGCGCCCACGAGACCCACCGCCAGCCCCCCCGACGGGCUGAGUCUCGAAAUAUCGUGCAUCUCCAGUCAGCAGACGCUGCCCAUGUCGUUGGCCAUGAGGCGCAAAGCCGCGUCGCCUACCCACGGCAGAGGCGUAAGCCGACCGAGGAGCCUCGUCGGGACGCCGGGGCCGCCGGCGGGGUGCGGCGGCCGGUACGAGUCGGACAGCAGCAGCCCCAGCGACAAGCACCACCAGCAGAUGUACGGCUACCGCCCGCAGCACGGCCCGCUGCACGCCCAGACCCCCAAGCGGCGCUCGUCACGCAGCCACGACAACGGUGCGGACUCCAGCGCCGAGUCCACUGACGAGCUCGGUCACAGGUCGCGGCGAGAGGCGCAGGUGGCAUCAUGCAGGUCGCUGCCGAGGCGGUCCUCCGGCUCCCCCCGCUCGCGCUCGCGCUCCCGCCAGCAGCAGCAGCCCCUCAGCAAGCCGCGCUGGGGGACCCUCGACGGCUCCCCGCAGCCCUCGGGCUCCGGCUCGGGGUCGGAUGCUGGCAUCGACCCCAACAACGGGGACCCCGUCGCCGUCGGCCAGGUGCACGAGGACGGCGACAACCCGUCUCGGAGCCAGCUCGACGCGCAGGAGAGAGAGCUGUCGUCGCUCAUCAAGAGGUACCGGUACGACAGGCAGCGCGAGAAAGACUAUACGAUCCACGUGUGACGGCGGGCGCCCGGUGGUGGCGGGGUCCCCCUGUGGGGCUCGCUGCCCCGCGCCGGCCCGCCCUGGACCAGCUCGUGGUGCCCCCCGCACGCCCCCGUCCACUACACCCCGGUGCCCACGGCGGGGGACGCCGAUGCCGAGGGGGAAACUGUGCACCGCGGGUACCCGACCACCACCACCACCGGACCUCCGGAUGAUGCGCUGCUGGCGGUCACAAACUUUCAAAAGUUUUCCAUCAAGUUUUCCGAGAUUUUCCGGAGGAAUGACAUUUUUGCAACGCUGCCACCUCGGCAUUCGUAGUUGUGAAUGUCGACAAGCUCGUAACUCGGAAAGUUCGAAAACUUCGCAUUUAAGAACAUUUCCGUCAUGUGUGGUGUGUGUCUACCAAAUUCGAUUCGACCGGAUUCGACACUGCCAACUUUUGCUCCUAAGUGACGUAAGACUGAAAAACUAUGUAAUGAUAAUCUUUGCACAAACUUAUUAAUUUGUCAAAUGAUCCCCUAUUUACUUAAAGACAAGUUGCUCAGGUUUGAAUCGAACGGGGAUGUGGGCAAAAAGAUCCCUUUCCUGAAACUGGAGUUUAGACUGUUUUACACCUGUUUUACCUGGACCUUAUUUUUUCCUGUCCGGUGGAGACUGCUCUUUGUGUUUGGCCUAAGGUAGAAAUAUUAAGUACUGAUUUUUGUUUUAAGCAAUGUUCAAGAAAACUAUAAAGAUAUUGUUCUUUG